CCCUCACCUUAUAGAAGAUUGAUCAUGGAGGAUGCUCAAGAGAGAGCAGAGGGUAGCUGAAGAAUCUCUUCUCAAGGCCCUGGUCAAGGAACAAGUAACAUUUCAAGAGGAAGCCUCCAUAGAGGAUCCCAAGAGACGGCUAGUGCUAAUGGCCGAGGACAAACUUCAAGACAGGGGGAUUUUGGGGAUCCUCCAAGCCUGCUCCCGUAAAGAUUCUAAGCUGGAACUGUUAAGGUUUGGGAAAUCCCAUGACAGUUCGCAGGCUAAAGGAGAUUCACAAGAAGUUUCUCCUUGAUAUAAUUUUCCUUAUGGAGACAAAGAAUUCAGAUAAGGUGGUGUUUGAGAAAAUGGAAGGUUUAAAUUUUACCUCUUCUUGCUUAAUCUCCCCUCAGGGUCAUGGAGGGGGAGGAUUAGCUUUAUUCUGGAAAUCGGAGUUGGAGAUUAAUGUAUUGUCAAGCAGCCAAAACUUUAUCGAUACUUCUAUCAAAAUUAAAGGAAAGAACUUCUUUGCAACCUUUGUGUAUGGUGACCCUGAGAAAUCUAAUAGGAAGUUAGUAUGGCAGAUCUUGACAGGUUUAGCGACAGCUCCGAAUUCUCCCUGGUAUCUUACAGGAGAUUUUAUUGAGAUAAUUGAUAACUCUGAGAAAGAGGGAGGCCCGCAGAGAGCUGAAGGCUUGAUAGAGCACUUGGCAAUAGUGCAUGGAUUGAAGCGUUCCCAAGAGGAAGAUGUGAAUAUUUGAAGUUUGAAGGAUCAGACCAUAGACCUCUUAUGAAUAUGUUUGAACACGGUGACAAGAGGAAACAAGAAAUCUUUAGAUAUGACAGAAGGCUAAAAGACAAUGAAGAAGUCAAACGCUUAGUUGCAGAGAUCUGGACAGAGGAUGAGAGGAUGGAUAUUCAGAGAAGCCUCUCAAAUGUGAGACGGGCGAUUAUUGAUUGGAACCGAGAGAAGCAGCAAAAUAGCAUGAUCCUGAUUGACAAGAAGAAGGAGGAGCUAGAGAAGGCAAUGGUAAGCCCUUUUUCCAAAUACUGAGCUUUUGAAGAAGAUUAAUGAAUAAUUAGCUGCAGCGUAUUUGGCGGAGGAAGCUUACUGGAAACAACGAAGCAGGCAACUGUGGCUACAACUGGGGGAUAGAAACUCAGGUUACUUUCAUGCAGCUACUAAAGGAAGACGAAUCGUGAAUAAUCUCUCAGUGCUAGAGGAUGAGGGUGGCCUUGCUGUUUUUGAAGUUGAGCAGAUCGCAUCUGUUAUAUCUCAAUAUUACCAUAAGCUCUUCUCCUCCUCUUCCCCUUCCAGUCCAGAAGAGAUAGACAAGCUAGUUGGUGAAGCUCUGAGACCAAAGACCUUAAGAGAGACCAAUGCCCAAAUGGAAAGAAUACCAACAGACUAAGAGAUCAAGGAUGGCUUGUUUGGCAUAAAUCCAGAUAAAGCGCCUGGACCAGAUGGAUUUUCUGCUAGUUUCUUUCAAUCGAACUGGGAGGUUUUAAAGAAAGAAAUCUCAGCUGAGA